CGCAGAGCAACAGAAAGAAGAAGAACAAGGGCCAACUUGAUGGUCACCUAACUGCGCUUUAUUAAUUCAUUAUUUUCCAAAAUAAUGCACAUAUACACCCGCCCACAGCCGCCCUCCGCCCCCGCCAAUCAUAAAAUGUGAGUGAAAACAAUAACAAAGGUCUGUUAUUGUUGUUGCUGCUGCUGCUGCGCUGGAAAAAAAACAGAUUCACAAGAAAAUUUAAAACGCACAAAGGAGAAUCGGGAAAUUUCGGAUUAGGUGUAAAAACCCAGGCAAGAUGUCGUGGUUCAAUCCCUGGGAUGGCCUCAAGACGAAAAUGUGUCGCUACCUGCUGCAGCGCUAUUUGGGCCAGUUUUUCGAGAAUAACUUGAACCUGGAGCAGCUGAAGGUUGAUCUCUACAAUGGCAAGGCGGUGGUGGAGGACAUAUUCCUGAAGGUCAACGCGUUCAAUGACCUCUUCGAGGAUCAGGGCUGGGCCUUCGAGGUGGUUUCGGGCCACAUUGGUUGCCUCACAGUCGUUGUGCCCUGGAACGCCCUGAUGACCAACGACAGCAGCCUGGAGAUCCACAAUCUUACGAUCACCUUGAGGCCAGUAACUCGCUUCCAGAGCGGCACCACCAUGCUGGAGUCCAUGUGGUCCUCCGUGAGCAGCUCCAUGCAAAUGGCCGAGGAGUGCAUGAAGCAGGUGGACGACGAUGUGCCCUUCCUGAAUCACAAUAACGCCCUGAUUGGCCUGGAGAAGUUUGCCGAAACCAUCGACAAUGUGCUCAAUCGCAUACGGGCCAAGCUGACGAAUACCACUUUAAAUAUAGAGUACCUGCUGCCCAGAUCGGAUAGGAAACUGGUGCUGUCCUUCCAGGCCAGUCAUGUGGAGUACAAGAACAAAACGGGCUACGAGAUGUCCAUGUCCACCUCCCAGGACACCGAAACCGAGGAAGAUCCCAACAGCAGCUUCAACGCCCUGCCCAUGAUAGCCAAACAUAAUCUGGUGAUCGAGGGACUCAGCUUGCACACCUCGGAGGUGCUCGAUGUGAUGGACCACCAGUUCGGACCCACUCGCUACGAGCAGCUCUGCAAGAUUGUGGAGCUCAAGGGCGCGCAGAACAUACAGAUUAACAUCAAGCAGACAGAGAACAUUGCUGGGCCGAAAGUCAGUCUGGAACUGAGUCUGGAUGACAUAUACUUCAUGAUCACGCCGCGGCAAAUUCACCUGCUCAUCGAGCUCUCCAAGGGAUUCAACAGCGGUGGCCAGCAGGAGCGACCCAAAAAGGGCAGGAGCUUGAAGUCGGCUCCACCCAGUGAGUACCAGAUGCAAAAUCAGCAACAGCCCACCAGAAUGACGGGGAUUCUGGGUCAGAAUGCAGAUUGGUGUACUGGAAUGUCUGAUGCCGAGCCCUCCGAAUACUCCAGCUAUGGUAAUCCCCCGAGAAGCGCUUACUCACGCAGUCGAAAGAUGAGCGAAUCCACAAACAGCAUGCUCACCUCCUGCACCAAUACCCUCCAGCAGGAAUUGGGCUACACGGAGAAGUCCGGCGAGAUUCUCAAGUUCAAGGUGCAAAUCUCCAAGAUCUAUGGAGUUGCUCUGCACCAGGAUAUUCUCAUUCAAAACACGGCCAACAUCGACAGUUGCAGCACGGUUUUCGAUCACGCCAGUUACCUUCGCUACUCGGACACUGCCAGUGGUUUCUUUUUGGGUACUCUCCUCGACAACCACAUGCCCCUGCAGCAGCAGCAGUAUCUCCUGCUGCGAGCAGCCCCAAUUAUCGUUGGUGGAAGCCAGCAACGCUACUUCCAGGAGCUCACGUCUAGAACUACUCUGUCCGCCACUGCGGUGGAUCUCUGCGAGGUGUUGGACAACUCUAUGGAGCACCUGCUGCAGUUCGAUCGCCAGCGGAACUGCCCGGAUGGCUAUCACAUCCGACCGGAAAUUGUGAUCACCCAGAGCUCCUCGUUUAUGUUCAAGCAAAACCACAAUCGUUGCACCAACAAAAUCGAAUGCAGUUUGGACGAGUGUACGGCUGAGUUGGAUAUAUCUAUAUACGAUCGCUUGGGAGCCCUUUUUGGCUGCUCGCCGUUUUCCAGAGAUUCGGCUCCUUCAAAUCCUUAUCCAGACGAUCCCAGCCAAACAGAGUUUAGUGUAAAGUGCGAGAAUCUGCGUCUUCACUUGCGUUUUCCCGUUGUGGAUGGCAGAGCUGCUAAUGACCCGCAGAAGAUUCCCUGGUGGAAGAAGAACGUGCGACGGGAUUUCUUGGCCUUGGAGUUCCGCUCCCUGGUGGUCAGUUCGAGGACUCAAAUCAGCAUCGUUUCGGAUGAACUGGAUGCGUUUUACUGUGAUGCAGAUAAGCAGAGUGCGGUGCAUCUCCUGAAGUGCCAGCAGAGAAUGCAGUCGAAUAAGAAGAUCCAAAUUGACAUACUCCAGCUGAAGGACACCAGUGAUAGCCAGAAAAAACCCCCAAGGAAAUCGCCCUUUAGCUCAAAAUGUACCUUUGGCUACACUUCCCAUGUGGAGGGACUCGAUGGGAGUCUGGACAAAACUGAUUCGCUUCUGCCGGGUGAAACGGAGGAAAUCAAUGAGUUCUGCGAUAGUUGCACGCAAUCCUCUAAGCUGAAAAUCUUUGUCUUUAUCCCACUCGUAAAGGUCGUGCUGGAAUCCAAGAGCAUGUAUGAACUGAUAUACAACCGGCUGAAUGGAGAUCUCUUCAUGUGGGAGCCACGUUCCCCGCACUAUGACAACAAUCCAGAGGAGGAAGCAGGAGAGUCAAAGAACCUGGACGCAGAGCCCCAGUUGGAGGAGUUCAGGAGGAACCUGCUUCUCAGCACCAGUGCAAUGGAGAGCAGUAUUUACUUUUCCAUGGCGGAGCCAACGGUUUCAGCCGCACCGGCACCACCAGUUCGAAAUGAAGCCUUCUCCUUUGAGCUAUUCGUGGAGCAGGGAUCCUUGAUUCUGUUCUCCCACUUUCUUGAUCCCGAGAGCAAUCAGCGCUCCAAGGAGUGCGGCAAGUUCCAGGUGAACGUCAAGGAACUGCGAUUGUUUACAGUAAACGGCUUGGAUAACGAUUCAAACAGGAGUUACUUCUGCAUCCAGUUGGGCGAAAUUGAGGCUUUGCACUGCGGAAACACUCUCCAGGAUUUGGUGCUAGCCUGGAGUGAUUCGCCGGACAAAAACCUGCUUCCCACCAUCUAUAAUUUUUCGAAUGAUCAUCAGCAGCAGGAUAGAAAAAGAAUGGAGGUUUUAUCCCUAGUGGCUGAGAUCAAGAAGCAACCGGAGCAGCGCAUCAAGAGGAUGAAGAUGUCGUUUGGGAUAAGUGGCGCUGUCCUGCAGCAUCACUCCUGCCCCUCGGAGCACACUUGGCUGAAUCAAUUAAUUGACUUUAUAGACGUGGCUGAUUUCCCCAUUGAGGAGUAUGAACCCUUCGCCCUGGUUUCCGAGUUGCAAUUGCAUGUUUGGAAUGCUGGGAUUGACUAUCGCCCAAAAUUCUUCCCUCAGCGCGCUUUCCUUGAUCUGGGUUACUGCACCCUGAGCAGCAAUAUCAUAUCAUCCAUGAGCGGCUGCACCUUGCGACUCCUGGCUGAGGAUUGUGUUCUCCAGCUGGGUCUGGUUAACGAAUCCAAUGACUCUUUAAUACCUGUGCUGAAUCUUGGACUGCUGAAUAUAUCGUUUAGGUUGAAUGCGGAAGGAAGCGGACAGCCGAGAGUGGAUCUGCGCUCCUCCAUCCACGAUAUGCACCUGAAGACCUGCUACGAUUCGGCAGCUGCUCUCGCCCAACUGAUAGCCUAUGUGGCUAACGACAGGGAUUUGUGUCCCCCCGAGGAGCCCAUCUUGAAUGAGGAAAUCAAGCCCGCAGAACCGAAAGCCAAUGAGGAACAGGAGGUGAGCGAUCACACCCAGAACCAUGUGAGCAAACUGAUGGCCGAUGCUGUGAUGGAUGUACAGUGCUCACCUAAUCCCAGAGCUGCCAAAUCUCCGGGCGGCAGGGAGGAGGGAAUCGAAAUCUUCUAUUUUCCGGAUGAGCCGAAGGAAAAGAGAAAAUCCACGCCCGCCAAACAACAGACCAAAUCCCUGAUGGUGGAGAGUCCCUCGGUCAUCGGAGACAUCCUGGACUUUGAGUCGAACGUGAUCUUGCAGUCGUACUAUCACCAAAGUCAAGUGCACCCGCAAACAACAUUGGGCUCCGAAGUGCAGCUGGAGCUGGGAUCUCUGGGCAACGUGGAGGAGCGCGAUUUCGAUAUCAUCCACGACGAGGAAAUAUCACGCAUGGACAAGUUUGGCAUCAAGCAGAUCUACAUCUCGGAGGAUCCGCUCCAGAUUGUGGAUAACCACUUCGAAUUGCCCCACGAAAAGGUGGAUCUCCUGAGGCCUCCAGCUAAUUUCCCUGUGGCCGAGAGCAGUUACACCCUCUGCGAGAUGACCUUCACCUGGCACCUUUAUGGCGGUCGGGAUUUCCCGGAUGAACCUCUCAAGAAAUCCUCUUCAUCCGCCACCAGUGGUUUUGGCAUGUCGGAUACCUACAAGUAUGGAGUGUCCCAAGCUCAGGAACAGGAUAAACAGGACAGGAAGGGUUCCAAGAAAAGUCUGCCCAAGCAGCCCAAAGGCUCCAAGCGCAACUUGGAGGUGCUGGUCGAAAUACAGCUCUCCAAGAUUCGGUUCUCCUACGAAACCUAUCCGUUGACAUCUAUGUACUCAUCUCGCCAGGUGCUCCUCGUCUCGGAAAUUGAAAUAAGGGACAGACUACGGUCCUCGGACAUCAACAAGUUUUUGUACCACCCGACGGGCAACAAUUUGUCCCACAAACCGGACGAGAACAUGGUGAUAGUGAAGGCUCUGAAUGUGCGUCCAAAUCCACAGAAGAGCUCUGCGGAGGAGUGUUCCUUGAGGGUCUCCAUUCUGCCCAUUAAACUCAACAUUGACCAGGAUACACUGCUCUUUCUGGAGGACUUCUUUUCGGGCAUGUUCCGGAACUCAGCUGGAGCUACUAGUGGCGGCAAAACAGAGAGCAGCGGCUCCUCCGCAGCGGAUAUGCCGGUCAUGUCGGUAAGCAAAUUACCGGAGGAUCUGUCCGAUGAACUGCCCGACUCCGAAGUUAAGGAGAUGGUGGAAAGGAAUCUGAAUGUGCUGAUUGAAGAGAACAGCGUGGAAAUCGAGCUGGAAGAGGAUCCUGCCACGGCUCCACCUGUAUUUUUCCGCGAGGUGAUCUUCAGUCCAGCGCUGCCCAUUUGCUUCGACUAUCAUGGCAGGCGGAUUGAGCUCUCCCGAGGACCUGUCACCGGUUUGAUCAUGGGUCUCGCCCAGCUGCAAGGAUCUGGAAUUAAUCUAAGGGAAAUUGUGAACCGCAGGGGCAUCCUGGGAUGGAACAAACUCUGCGAGUUUCUGGCCAAGGAGUGGCUCAAGGACAUCAAGCGGAAUCAAUUGCCCAAUAUACUGAGCGGCAUUGGACCCACAAAUGCGGUGUUGCAGCUUUUCCAGGGUGUCUACGAUCUUUUCCGGAUGCCCAUAGAGCAGUACAACAAGGAUGGACGGAUUAUCAGGGGAUUCCAGCUGGGAGCACAGAGUUUCACGGCCCGCACAGCACUGGCCGCCUUGGAGAUCACCUCCAGGAUCAUACAUCUGCUACAGUUCACAGCGGAGACUACUUUCGAUAUGCUAUCUGCAGGUCCGUCCAUGAAGAAGAGGAAGGGCGGCAGGCAGGGCAAGAGGAGGCGGCAAGGACGACCCAAGGAUCUUCGCGAGGGCGUGGCCAACGCCUACACCAUCGUGAGGGAGGGCAUCAACGAAUCGGCCAACACACUCAUCGAAGCGGCCAUCACGGAGCACGACCAGAAGGGCUACAGCGGAGCAGUGGGCGCAGUGGUGCGCCAGAUUCCCCAGCUCGUCGUCUGCCCAGCGGUGCUGGCCACCCAGGCCACCACCAACAUCCUGGGCGGCGCAAAGAGCUCACUGGUUCCGGAAGCAAAGAUGGAGGCGCGCGACAAGUGGAAGCAGGAGAUCCACUAAGGGAGCUGCUUCUCCAAUUCGAUUAGGUUUACGGUAGCUUUAGUUCAAGGGGCUUAAAACAUAACGUAAUGUUUUCUAUUGUUUUACUAAUAAUAAACAAUGUACAUAAAAGGAGCACAUGCACAA